AUGAGCAUAAUAAAUGAGAGUAAAAUGCCCAUAAUCCCAAUUGAGGAUACUAAGCAUUAUUCAUGUAGUGAAGAAAAUGACACAAUUAAUCUUGAAAACAACUCGAACGAUUUAAAUAGUUUUCAAAAUUUUCUUAUAAGGAACGGGUCAAAUAAUGGGUCAGAUAAAUGUGGAGAUAAUAAGAAAAGUCAUGCAUUAAUAAAAAAAGAGAUUAAUAACAAUAGUAACAAUUACAACUGUAAUAACAACUACAGUUUUAAUAGUAAUAAAAACCUCAAUUUAGUUAGAAGAAAGAAGGGCGUAAUAAGAAAAAAAGACUCAUAUGGAAGUACUCAUUUAGUUCUUGGUAAUAUCAGGGGUAAUAGAAAAUUAAGAAAAAAGUUACUGUGGAACAAUUGCACAGAUCAAAAUACAAAUGUAUCUGAAAUGUCUUAUAUUAAAGAUUUUGAAAAUAAUUCCUUUAUGCAUGAAAAUGGCCAUCAUAUGGUUUUAUAUGAUAAUAAAUAUAGAGAUUACCCAAGAAAUAAAGGAGAAGAACGGAGUGAAAAGAUAAAAUAUUUUUUUGUUUAUUCACCUGAUAUUAUACAAAGAUGGAUAAGAGUUAUAUUUAAUAUUAUAAUAACGUCAUUAAUAGUUACUUUGAUAUAUUUUAUAUUUAUAUCUGUUAGAGAAGAUAUAAAUAAAAAAGUAGCUAUUCAGGUUGAAAACGUAAAAGAAGAAUCGAAUUCUUGCAAAAAACAAUAUUAUGCUCAUAAAUGUGGUACAGUCAAUUUACCUUUAUUAAAUGAAAAAUGUGAAGAAUGGUUAAAAUGUAUGAAAACAGAUCAUAAAUUAUAUCAAGAUAUUUCUUUUUUAUCAGCUCAAAUGUUAGGGCAAAUUAUUAAUGCUUUUAUUGUUCAGUUUGAAUGGAAAAGUAUAUGUGUUAUUGCCUUUAUAUUUCUUCUUAUUUUUAUUGGCAGUAAUUAUGCCCUUUCUAUAGGAGGAGGAUCUAGAGUGAACGGCGCGGAAUAUUCUUUAUACAACCCUUAUAUGAAUGCAAAUAGUAAUAUACCCCCUUUUCCAUAUUAUCCUUUUUAUCCUAUUUUACCUCAAGCUUUACAUUAUAAUAAUGGACGUAAUACCGAUAUACCAUUGAUGAAUAUGUCAUUCCCUCAAAACAAAUUCUUUCAAAACAGUAGUUUUUCCAGGAAUCCCUAUAAUCACUUUAGUCAUUACACGUAUGCAGAUGAACAUAACACUUCAAAUAAUUCAACAUCAAGGAAUAAGGAUUAUUCCGAUAAUUAUGGUUCAUCCAAGAAAGACAGUAAUAAAAAAGGGUCCAAAAAAUUAGGUUUCUUAAAAUAUCUGACAGGAGGUUUCAAGUAA